GUGAAGCGGAGCAGGUGGAGAACGACGUCAACACGAAUUCGGUCUACGGCUCGAAGGCUGAGAUCGCAGAGGAGGUUUUCAAGUACACUUCCUGCCGCAGAAUAGGGGAACAUGAGACAUCAAGUCAGGCCAAUCCUGAGUGCUCCUAUUUCAUGGUCUUUCAGAACACUGCUCAUGCUGACCACAGCUAUGCCGCAAAGUGCGUGCCUGCCCAAAUGUGCAUGAACAACGUCGUGGGCAUGGGCGUCGUUGAGCGGAUCGCCUUCGUUGACCGGAUGUUGCAGCAGAACCUGGAAGGUUUGGCGUAUAUCGGCAAAGGCCCCCUGGGCAAGUGCCUGGAAGGCAUGACGAGGGUCAACGAAGGCGACCUGACUGGCAUAAUCAAGGAGGAGCGCGCCGUCAAGCUCGGCAGCCUGAAUGUCAUGGCAGACACCAAGAAGCAGAACCAGGCAAGCAUGGUUUUCAUCACCACUUGCAGUUUCGGGUACAGCCCGAAUUCCGGGACAAGUGAUGCAGUUCAGAGCCAGUCGCAGAAGAGAGGGGUGGACCGAAUUCCAAAGCAGCUCAAAAAGCCUGUAGAGCAGUGUGCUCUUCCUGCCCACGUGCAAGCACAGGAGAAAAUCUCAGCCGAUAAGUCCUUCAACAAAUGCGUGAACGAUGCCAGCGUGGGGUACCUCUUCGUUUUCAAGAACGGCUACUGGAGCGGUAGCAAGAGCGACGUGGAUCUGGGGGCCUUCUCAAAGUAUAAGGAGGAGCCGACGAAGAUCCAGGAGCAGAAGAAGGAGGCGGCCGCGAAGGCAAAGGCCGCGGCCGUGUCCCAGCGCCGUCUCUCUGAGCAGGAUGCCGUGCUUGUCUGA